GCGCACUUUACAGCUGAUCAAUUUGUUUAUGUCUGCUAAUUGUGACGAUACUAUGUCGUGUCCUCAGUAGUGAUAAUGAGAUUACACAGAUUUAAAAUGAAAUGAUAAAAUUAGAUUUUUACAAUGCAAAAUAUUUUUUUAAAUUAUAUACACUUAUUGCUUGUAUGCUUGGUCAUUCUAGCACUGCAAGGACCGCAGAGAGUGCAAUGCUCACAGUAUUACACUAAAGAGAAAAAACUGGAGCUGAGGGAACAAGUGCGAAGUGUGUUUCAACAUGGAUACGAUAGUUAUUUGCGUUACGCAGCAGAUUAUGAUGAACUCCGUCCAUUGACAUGUGAUGGUGUGGAUACUUGGGGUAGUUAUUCACUGACAUUGAUUGAUGCCUUGGACACGUUGGCAACCAUGGGCAAUUAUAGUGAAUUUAGGCGUAUCGCUUUAUUAAUUGAGAAGAAAAUGAAUUUUGACAAAGAUAUUAAUGUUUCGGUUUUUGAAACAAAUAUACGCAUUGUUGGCGGAUUGAUAUCGGCGCAUUUAAUUUCGAAAAAAGCUGGUUUAAAUGUUGAAAAAGGUUGGCCAUGUCAAGGUCCAUUACUGCGAUUAGCAGAAGAUGUUGCAAAACGACUUUUACCAGCGUUUGACACGUUCACCGGCAUGCCGUAUGGUACAGUAAAUUUACGGUAUGGUGUUCCAAAAGGUGAAACACCAAUUACUUGCACUGCUGCCGUUGGCACCUUUUUAAUAGAAUUUGGGGCAUUGAGUCGUCUUACUGGUAACCCAAUUUAUGAGGAGGUAGCUCUAAAUGCAAUUCAUACAAUAUGGGAACGUCGUUCUCCGCUUGGUUUGGUUGGAAAUCAUAUUGAUGUGCUAACAGGCCGUUGGACAGCUUUGGAUUCUGGUAUUGGUGCAGGCGUUGAUUCACUAUUCGAAUAUUUAGUUAAAGGCGCAAUUAUGCUUAACCGGCCAGAAUUAUUGGAAAUGUUUCAUGAAGCCCGACAUGCUAUAGAUAAAUAUCAAAGACGAGAUGAUUGGUAUGUUUGGGUUCACAUGGCAAAAGGACAGGUGACAUUACCUGUUUUUCAGUCUUUAGAGUCAUUUUGGCCUGGUAUUUUAAGUUUAAUUGGUGAUAUAAGGCCUGCUGUACGCACGUUUGCAAAGUAUUACAGCGUAUUGAAGAAAUAUGGUUUCUUACCAGAAUUCUUUAAUAUACCAUUAGGUGAAGCAUCUCAAAAUCGUGAAAGUUAUCCACUUCGUCCUGAGCUCGUAGAGUCAGCUAUGUAUUUAUACCGUGCCACAAAUGACCACGUAUAUUUGGAAAUGGGUGAAACACUGCUUAAAAGUAUUGAAUUCAGUGCAAAAACAAAAUGUGGCUAUUCUACUAUACGCAACGUUGUUACACAUGAAAAAGAAAAUCGAAUGGAAUCGUUUUUCCUUGCUGAAACUACGAAGUAUCUUUAUCUAUUAUUUGAUGAAGAGAAUUUCUUGCAUAAUGAUGGUGUCACUGGCGAACGUUUAGAAACUACUAAUGGGGAGUGUGUAGUAUACGCAGGAUCUUACAUCUUUAAUACAGAGGCACAUCCAAUAGAUAUGUCGGCACUACAUUGUUGCCAUGAUAUUAAAAGUGAUAUAUACGAAGGGCUUGAUUUGGAAAUGUUUAGUGAUAAUAAUUUGUUAAAAACAGAACGUGAAAGACGUAUUGCCGAUGAAACAAAAAAUAAAAAAUAUCAAUGUGCUGAAGGUUUCGAAGACAUGCAAAAGCAUAAAAAUAAACUAAACACCACCAAUUCAGAUCAAAAUGAUACAACUGCAACAGUUGUUGAUAUAAUGGUUUACGAUGAAAAUAAUAAUAAGGCAGCUGAUGUUUUAAUUGAUAGAUUUGAUAAAGUUAAAAAUCAAAGACGAAAGGAAGAAAAAGAUGCUACAACCAUUAAUUUAUUAAGAAAUCAACUUACUGUAGCAGAUUUAGAUGAAUUUUUCGAUAAGAAACGAUCCGAUUUUAAAAGCGCUAGAGCUGCAUUAGAUUAUGUAGUAAGAUUCAUGAAAAAUUUUACACUGGAUGCAUCAUUUAUAGUGGGAUUAGAAAUAUUUGAUAAAAAUGUGUCUAAUAUAUUAGGAUUUGGUGUACAAAAAGAUUUCGAAAGCACUAUGCGUACACUUUGGGAAAUAUAUGAACUUAAACAGCGGUACGCAGUGAAUGUUAAGUUAGCAAUUGAUGAAGGACUUACGUCUUAUGAUGACGAUAAAUACGAGAAACUAACAAAUUUGUUACAGGUUUUGGAUUAUGAAACAACAAAAUACUCCACAUCAAUAUCAUUAGAAGAAGAAGCUUUCAAAACUAAAUUGGAAACUUUAAAUAAUUUAAGACUAGAAUUUCAGUUAACAUUAGUAAAUACAACGUCCAUGCAAGAGUUCCUAUUAAAAGUACUGAUUAAGGGUACGAAUGAUAAAAAUCGCACCUAUACAAAAAUUUUAGACGAAUCUGAUAUUAAAACGUUAAAACCACCGACUCUUUCGCCUAAAGAUCGUGUUGAACUUUUCGAAUAUAUACAAAAAAAUGCCGCUUUCAAAAAGCGCAUGAUUGAAACAUUUCGAAAACUACAAACUUUAAUGAAAGAAGAAAAGGCACUACCGCCCUUACCUGAAAGUGCUGAAUCAGAAACAAAUGAUGAACUUAUUGUUGCUACAGACCAACCAAAGAGACCUAAACUUAAACAAGGUGAUUUAUUAGCGCCAGAAUUCAGAACUAUAGAUAAUAGUGAAAUCAAUUUCAAUACAGAAAAUAUAGUGGCCGAAACUACUGAAGUAAGUGAAAAUAAUGACUCGGUCUGGUCUCAACUUGUGCAAACUUUUCUCAAAAAAACUACUCCACAACCCAUUAAAUUUGAUGAGGGAAUGCUUUUAGAAAAAACUAGAUUAUCCUUACAAAAAUUUAUUGCUAAACCCGUAAACUAUGAAGUACUUACUUGUCAAAGACCUACGUUUAUUGAAAACUUUGCUUACCGUUCAUUUUAUCCAUAGUGGUUUUAAAUAUUCUUUUAAAAGACACGAUCUUAGUAAUAAUACGAAGACAUAUAUUACGGGUGAUGAUUAACACUCAUUAACAUUUUAAUAAAAUAAUUAAUAUUUUAUUAAAAAUGCAUUUACAAUCGUUAAAUAUGCAACUCAGGCAACUAAUAUUAUAUAUAUGACCAAAAUGUUUUGCCAUAGCACUCUCAGCUAUAAAAAAUGUAUAAGAAAGAAUA